UAUAAACACACACUGAAGGCGGCUGUAUGCGCUACUCACACACCGAGAAAAGUGUAUGUGAAAGAGAGAGAGAGAGACGACAGAUAGUGUGUGUGUGAGUGAGAGAAGGAACGCAACUAGUGGAAUAGAGCGCAAAAGAGAGACGACUCACGGUAGCCCCAAGUAGCAUCAGAAGACUCCUUGAGCUCACUACCCAUCGGGCUCUGCUACAAGAACUAACGGCAAUAACGGAUAAUUCUUGUUUUUUAAUUAUCUUUUUUUCUCUUCAUCUGCCUCGUGAGCAACACUUUAGUUUUGAGAGAUUUAAAUACGUUUUUUUUCCGGAAUAGAGAGUUUUUUUUUAAUACUUUCCAUUUCUUGAAACGUUUAAACAAAAAUCCCCAGUUUAUUUUCAGAAUACUUUCCGAGACUCGCUCACUGUUUCCACGUGCGCUCUGAGAGCGGGACAAAUAUUUGUCAAACUGAAUUUUUUUUUUUAUCCAUAUUUUUUUUUUUUUUACAUUUUCUUAUGUAUUAAGGCAAAAUUUCAAAAAUCAUUACCAACAUGAGAUUUCAAAACGUUAAUUCCUGUUUCCACUCUCGUUGAAUUAUCUAAUUUAUUCAAGUCAUUGAAGGUGACGUUUUGAGGACUUCUAUAGGACUUUUUAAAUGCCUUUUUUCUUCUUCCACCCACUGAUUGAUAGCCAACAUUUGGACCUGUGAGAGAAGGGGAAGUAGAUCAGCGACCCACAGGACUACUCUCUCCACUCAAAUUCAAGUCGAUCUAUUUCAACAACAUUUGCUCUAUCGCUCUACAUUUUUAUUUUUUAAAAUACUUACAUUUCCAUAAUCAAUCAAUUAUAAUCAAUCAAGUCCCUUUAUCGAUAACCAUCGAUAUAUUGAUUGAUCAUCAUCAGAGUAUUUCCAAUUACAUCCCUAUAACCCAACCCCCCCCCAAACCACAUCGUGGUGAGAUCAGUGAUUUUUUCCCACCACUCCCAAUCACCAUCAUUCAGACAUCGACCCUUCCUCGCCAUGCUAUUCGAUAACUUUGACCUGGUUUCAGCCUUGGCCACCCUAGCGGCCUGCGUGGUGUCCAUGGUCCUCCUCCUAGUGGUAUCCCAGCAACUCUGGCAGCUUCGCUGGACGUCAACCAGGGAUAAGAACUGCAAGCUACCGAUGCCGAAAGGUUCCAUGGGAUUCCCCAUCAUAGGAGAAACCUGCCACUGGCUCUUCCAGGGUUCGGCGUUCCACGCAUCACGGAGGCAGAAGUACGGCCACGUCUUUAAGACCCACUUGUUGGGACGCCCCCUGAUCCGGGUCACCGGUGCGGAGAAUGUCCGGAAGGUUCUAAUGGGAGAGCAUACGUUGGUCAGCGUGGACUGGCCUCAGAGCACCUCAACCCUACUAGGACCCAACUCACUGGCUAACUCUAUAGGAGAUAUACAUCGCAAGAGAAGAAAGGUCUUUUCCAAGGUUUUCAGUCAUGAGGCGCUACAGUCCUACCUCCCUAAGAUCCAGCAGGUGAUCCAGGAGUCACUGAGGCUGUGGAGCUCCAACCCAGAACCCAUCAACGUCUACAGGGAGUCCCAGAGGCUGUCGUUCCACAUGGCAGUGAGGGUGCUGCUGGGGUUUAGAGUAGCAGACGAGGAGAUGAGACAUCUGUUCACCACCUUCCAGGAGUUUAUAGACAACAUCUUCACUCUGCCGUUAGACCUGCCGUUCAGCGGAUACAGGAAGGGUAUCUGUGCCAGGGACACACUCCAGAAGGGGAUAGAAAAGGCCAUCAGGGAGAAACCCCUCUGUUCCCAGGGGAAGGAUUAUAGCGACGCACUAGAUAUCCUCCUGGAGAGCGCAAAAGAGAACGGCACGGAACUCACCAUGCAGGAACUCAAGGAGGCGACGAUUGAGCUGAUCUUUGCUGCGUUCGCCACCACGGCCAGCGCCUCCACGUCUCUCAUCAUGCAGCUCCUACGUCACCCUGCCGUGUUGGAGAAGUUACGAGAGGAGCUCCGGACCCGGGGGAUCCUCCACAACGGCUGUCUGUGCGAAGGGGAGCUGGGCCUGGAUACCAUCGUUAGUCUGAAGUAUCUGGACUGUGUGAUCAAGGAGGUGCUGAGGCUCUUCACGCCCGUGUCUGGGGGUUAUAGGACGGCCCUGCAGACCUUUGAGUUAGAUGGCGUACAGAUCCCAAAGGGUUGGAGUGUGAUGUACAGCAUCAGAGAUACUCACGACACCUCCGCCGUCUUCAAGGACGUGGACGCCUUCGACCCCGACCGCUUCUCCCAGGAACGCUGUGAGGACAAGGAGGGACGCUUCCACUACCUCCCGUUCGGCGGCGGCGUCCGCUCCUGUCUCGGGAAACAGCUCGCCACUCUCUUCCUCCGUAUACUGGCCAUCGAGCUGGCCAGCACCAGCCGCUUUGAGCUGGCGACCCGGAAUUUUCCCAGAGUGGUGACGGUGCCGGUGGUUCAUCCGGUGGACGGAUUGAAGGUGAAGUUCUACGGUCUGGAUUCUAACCAGAAUGAGAUUCCGUCCGAUCUCCUAGCCGACAUCAAGACGGAAGAGCUACUGGGAGCCGCGGUGUAGAUCGUUGAUCUGGAUUGGACAAAGCAAGGAGGAAGGAGGAAGGAGAGUGAAGAGGAGGAUGGAUGGAGGAUAGGACAGAAAGAACAAAUGAGGAUGGGGAGACUGGGAGUGGUUUACUUUCCUUUUUUUCAUUCUGCUGAUCUAUUGGAAUGUAGGUCUCUUUUGAACUCUAAAAAGGAACAUUCAGAAUUCCGAUUCCUUCUCUUUGUCGUUUUGUUGUCAGUUGUCAGAACUUUCUGGGAGAGAAAGAAGAAGAACAGAAACUGCCAAAAAAAAGUUUAUAAUCUCUAUUCCUUUUGUUUUCCAGUAAAUAUACAAAAACUGUGUAUGAAUAAAUUGAAAUGUGAUGUAAUAUAAUGAAUGAAUUAAAAAUAGAGAAAGUAACAUUAGGUGAAGUUAUGCACAAUUAGGAAAGAGAUUCGUAGGGGAGUGUAUUUGGAUGGAGGGAUGAAAGAAAGAAAGGAGAGAGGGAGGGAGGGAGGGAGAGAGGAGGGGAAAGAAAUGAUAAAAUAGGGUAUAAUGGUUUAUGAACAUUUGGGAAAGAAUAAAAGAGUGGGGAAUCUGCACAAGGAAGAGAGAUGAUCUCAAUGUGAAAAAACAAGCCAGAGACAGAUAGAGAGAUAGAGGGAUAGGAGAGAGGGAUAGAGAGAUAGGAGGAGAGAGAGAGAGAGAGAUAGAGGGAUAGGAGAGAGGGAUGGAGAGAUAGGAGGAGAGAGAGAUAGAGAGAUAGAGAGAUAGAGAGACGGAGAGAGAGAUAGAUAGAUAGAUAGAUAGAUAGAGAGAUAGAGAGAUAGAGAGAUAGAGAGAUAGAGAGAUAGGAGAGAGAUAGAGAGAUAGGAGAGCGAUAGAUAGGAGAGAGAUAGAGAGAUAGUAGAGAGAUAGAGAGAUAGGAGAGAGAUAGAGGGAUAGAAGGAGAGAGAGAUAGAGAGGUAGGAGGGAUAGAGAUAGAGAGAUAGGAGAGAGAUAGAGAGAUAGGAGAGAGAGAGAGAGAGAGGUAGGAGAGAGAGAGAGAGAGAGAGAGACAGAGACAGAGAGAGAGAGAGAUAGAGAGAUAGGAGAGAGAGAGAGAGAGGUAGGAGAGAGAGAGAGAGCGAGAGAGAGAGAGAGAGAGAGAGAGAGAGAGAGAGAGAGAGAGAGAGAGAGAGAGAGAGAGAGAGAGAGAGAGAGAGAGAGAGAGAGAUGGGUAUAUUUUGUUUAAAGGCCUAGGGGUGAUAUAUGUAUUGCAUGGUGCUUUAGCUCCAGUCCUGGCAAGCUGUAUCAUUUUCCUCCAGUCCUGCACUAACCUACCUGUCUUAAACAAUCAACCUAUCACCUAUCACAAUCAGGUAAAUAAGCCUGGGCUGGGUGUUAGCGCUGGGAUGGGUACAAAACCCAGAAAAUGGACUUUGACUCUCUAGAAGCGGAGUUGAAACAGAGACCCUUGCUAGAGGACUUCAGGGACGAUGCGAAGGAGAUACUCAAAAGCUGGAACGAUAUUUCAGUGUGUUAAUAACUCAGGUGUGGAAGAGGAUCUUUCAUUGGACGGAUUUUUUAAGGACUUUAUUUUUUACUCAACCUGCACAUAAGAAAGUGCCUAUGUUGUUAUUACCCACGUUCCUUCCUGUUCCCCCUUCCAGCCCUCAAACCUGUGCUAUGAUGUCACAUGAAGACAUGUCAGUCAGCCUGACGACUGGACUACUUAUGGACAAAACAAAGCUAAGUCGGAGAGCGAGGAAGAGUGUCGUUGACCUCUGUGGAACGCCAUGGUGACAUUUUGACAUGCUGCUCCUCUUUAUCAACACUAAAAUGCAAAAAAAAAAAUAUAUAUAAACUUUAUUAGCUAAGUAGAUUAAAACAAAGUGCGUCGAUAUCAGAAUCAAUCUCGGAACUUAUUACUAACUCAAACACCAAGAAAUGUCCAUCGUGGAGACGGAGGGUAAACACUUCCGAAACAGAACUCCUUCCUUUAUGACUCAUCAAAAGAACACUUCAGGGAUUCACAAACAUUCCCGAAACGUUCCCGGAAAAGAACUUUCCGGAAUCCUUGGACAGUUGGGAGUUUUAAGUGGAGGGAGAUAGGACCCAGAGACUCUGUUGGGAAAAGCUCAUACAAAGUCCGUCUUCUACUGAUACAGUACCAGUACCAGUACCGAUACAGAUACAGUACCAGUCAAAAGUUUUGGACCCACCUACUCAUUUACAUGUUUGUUCUUUAUUUUUUGUUGUUGCUAUUUUCUACUUUGUAGAAUAAUAGUGAAGACAUCAAAACUAUGAAAUAACACAUUAUGGAAUCAUGUAGAAACCAAAAAAAAAAGAAAAAAAAAAGUUUUAAACAAAUCAAAAUAUAUUUUAUAUUUGAGAUUCUUCAAAGUAACCACCCUUUGCCUUGAUGACAGCUUUGCACACUCUUGGCAUUCCUGUCUAUAACAAUAAUAAUUAUGUAAUAUAAUAAUGUCUAUAUAGAUGUAUAUAUCCUGUGAUCAACCACACCACUGAUUGUCUAUACUUACUAUAAGUAAAGUGAGCUGCUUCCAUGUUUCUAACUGAGCGUUGUAGAACUGCUAAGAUAUAUAUAGAUUACAAGUGAGAUUCUUCCCCAAUUUAAAAUGUUUAAUUAUAAUUUUUUUGUGGUGGAUUUUGUGAAAAGCAAGAUAGGGACUCUGAUUCUUCUGUUUAACAGGUAAGCCAUGGGGUCUGUUUAAUACCCUGAUAUUAUAAUGGUUGGUAUUAUUGACUAUUAAUAUUUGUCAUUGUAGUAAAAUAUUAUUAUAAGUUUUAUUAUAUUUCCAGAAUAGAGUUUAAGUAUAAAUUACAAAAAGUCUGUUUGUUGGUAAAUAUUGUUAUAUUUAGUAUGAUAUGAAUUAUUUCCGUUAUAUAUUGUAAAACAUUGUUGAAUAUGUUAAUAUUGCUUAUUGUAUUAGUUAUUCUUAUUUUUUUAUUUUUUAUUAUUAUAAUAAUUAUUAUCGUUGCAUUAAUGAAUUAUAAUAAUUAAAGAAGAUAAGCACUUGCGAGGUAUGUUCCUUAUUGAAGUGUCACAUGACUACAUUGGUUCUUAUGUCUGGGUGUGUCCCAAAUGGAACCCUAUUCCCCCAAUGGGUCCUGGUCUAAAGUAGUGCACUAUGCAGGGAAUAGGGCUCUGGUCUAAAGUAGUGCACUAUAUAGGGAAUAGGGUUCCAUAGGGCUCUGGUCUAUAGUAGUGCACUAUAUAGGGAACAGGGUUCUAUAGGGUCCUGGUCUAAAGUAGUGCACUAUAUAGGGAAUAGGGAUCUAUAGGGUCCUGGUCUAAAGUAGUGCACUAUAUAGGGAAUAGGGCUCUGGUCUAAAGUAGUGCACUAUAUAGGGAAUAGGGCUCUGGUCUAAAGUAGUGCACUACAUAGGGAAUAGGUCUCUGGUCUAAAGUAGUGCACUACAUAGGGAAUAGGUCUCUGGUCUAAAGUAGUGCACUACAUAAGGAAUAGGGCUCUGGUCUAAAGUAGUGCACUAUAUAGGGAAUAGGGUUCUAUAGGGCUCUGUUCUAAAGUAGUGCACUAUAUAGGGAAUAGGGUUCUAUAGGGCUCUGGUCUAAAGUAGUACACUAUAUAGGGAAUAGGGCUCUAUAGGGCUCUGGUCGAAAGUAGUGCACUAUAUAGGGAAUAGGGCUCUAUAGGGCUCUGGUCUAUAGUAGUGCACUACAUAAGGAAUAGGGCUCUAGGUCUAUAGUAGUGCACUAUAUCGGGAAUAGGGCUCUAUAGGGCUCUGGUCUAUAGUAGUGCACUACAUAGGGAAUAGGGUUCCAUAGGGCCCUGGUCUAUAGUAGUGCACUAUAUAGGGAAUAGGUGUUCCAUAGGGCUCUGGUCUAUAGUAGUGCACUAUAUAGGGAAUAGGGUUCUAUAGGGCUCUGGUAUAAAGUAGUGCACUAUAUAGGGAAUAGGGUUCUAUAGGGCUCUGGUAUAAAGUAGUGCACUAUAUAGGGAAUAGGGUUCUAUUGGGCUCUGGUCUAUAGUAGUGCACUAUAUACAGGGAAUAGGGUUCUAUAGGGCUCUGGUAUAAAGUAGUGCACUAUGUAGGGAAUAGGGUUCCAUAGGGCUCUGGUCUAAAGUAGUGCACUAUAUAGGGAAUAGGGUUAUAUAGGGCUCAGGUCUAAAGUAGUGCACUAUAUAGGGAAUAGGGUUCUGGUCUUUAGUAGUGCACUAUAUAGGGAAUAGGGUUCCAUAGGGCUCUGGUCUAAAGUAGUGCACUAUAUAGGGCAUGAGGUUCUAUAGGUCUCUGGUCUAAAGUAGUGCACUAUAUAGGGCACUAUGGGGCCCUGGUCUAAAGUAGUGCACUAUAUAGGGAAUAGGGUUCUGGUCUAAAGUAGUGCACUAUAUAGGGAAUAGGGUUCUAUAGGGCUCUGGUCUAAAGUAGUGCACUAUAUAGGGAUUAGGGUUCUGGUCUAAAGUAGUGCACUACAUAGGGAAUAGUGGUCUGGUCGAAAGUAGUGCACUAUAUAGGGAAUAGGGUUCCAUAGGGCUCUGGUCUAUAGUAGUGCACUAUAUAGGGAAUAGGGCUCUGGUCUAAAGUAGUGCACUACAUAGGGAAUAGGGCUCUUGUCUAAAGUAGUGCACUACAUAGAGAAUAGGGCUCUGGUCUAAAGUAGUGCACUAUAUAGGGAAUAGGGUUCUAUAGGGCUCUGGUCUAUAGUAGUGCACUAUGUAGGGAAUAGGGUUCUAUAGGGCUCUGGUCUAAAGUAGUGCACUAUAUAGGGAAUAGGGUCCUUGUCUAAAGUAGUGCACUAUAUAGGGAAUAGGGCUCUGGUCUAAAGUAGUGCACUAUAUAUGGAAUAGGGUUCUAUAGGGUCCUGGUCUAAAGUAGUGCACUAUAUUGGGAACAGGGUUCCAUAGGGCUCUGGUCUAAAGUAGUGCACUAUAUAGGGAAUAGGGCCCUGGUCUAAAGUAGUGCACUAUAUCGGGAAUAGGGCCCUGGUCUAUAGUAGUGCACUAUAUAGGGAAUAGGGCUCUGGUCUAAAGUAGUACACUAUUUAGGGACUAGGUCUCUGAUCUAAAGUAGUGCACUAUAUCGGGAAUAGGGCCCUGGUCUAUAGUAGUGCACUAUAUAGGGAAUAGGGCUCUAUAGGGCUCUGGUCUAAAGUAGUGCACUAUAUAGGGAAUAGGGCUCUGGUCUAAAGUAGUGCACUAUAUAGGAAAUAGGGUCCUGGUCUAAAGUAGUGCACUAUAUAGGGAAUAGGGUCCUGGUCUAAAGUAGUGCACUAUAUAGGGAAUAGGGUCCUGGUCUUAAGUAGUGCACUAUAUAGGGAAUAGGGUUCUAUAGGACCUGGUCUAACGUAGUGCACUAUAUAGGGAAUAGGGUCCUGGUCUUAAGUAGUGCACUAUAUAGGGAAUAGGGUUCUAUAGGUCCUGGUCUUAAGUAGUGCACUAUAUAGGGAAUAGGGCUCUGGUCUAAAGUAGUGCACUACAUAGGGAAAAGGGCUCUGGUCUAAAGUAGUGCACUACAUAGGGAAUAGGGCUCCAUUUGGGGCGUAUCCUCUGCUCUGCUCUGUCUGUCUGUCUGUCUGUCUCUCUGUCCGUUCAUAAUAUGUUUAUUUUAUUUUUAUUUUUAAUUAGUUUAAAUAUGAAUGUUUUUUCAUCUUUUUGUCACCGUUAUUCUUAAAUGUACUCCUUUAAUAAAAUAUAAUGUGAAAAUUAA